CGCCCCCCGCAGGCAGAAAACCUUUCAUCGUGAGGCAAGCAAAGUAAAAACGCGUGUUCUCGCUUACUAACAACCAAGUCAUCGAUUUGCGCUGAAUUUGCUCAGCUGUCGCGGUUGGCGUAAUCGCGCGAGCGAUAACACCAAAUAUCGCCAGCGUGCAACAGUAAAAGUAAGUACACGCACGCACACACACACACACACACACACUAUAGAGACAAUGAGGCUCGCUUGAUGCGCGUAUUUUCCGUGAUAUUUGCGGAAAGCGGGGGCGAUAUUUGCGCGUCUCGCGGCGCAGGUAAGUGCCGUCGAGGUCUCGGCGACGUCGAAGGCCCCUUUAACGGCCUCGACGACGGGACGCGCGCGACCUCGGCGAGGUGUCCAAAAAUCGCGAGCGGGUCAAAAUCCACGGUGGUCGCUAGUUAUUUUUAGCGGCGCAACACGGCUUUUCUAAUUGAUCUUGGAUCAUCGGACGGAAAGAGCGCGGGAGCACGUGCUGCGCGCGUCGCAACGCGGCGACCGCGUGUGCCGCGGCUCGAAAAUAGAAUGAAAAUCGGGAAAGCGGCUAGACGAGACUCGCCGGCGGAGAAGGGGCAUGAGCUCGUGUUCUCGUCUAACGCGUGUAGCCUACAUGUAAUUUCGACGGCUCGUAAUUUUUGCGACGCAUCAGCCGACUCUCAAAAUUUUGGCCAACGCGACGUCUCAUCACUCGUGACUGUCUCAAUGGCGAUGGAACUCCAGCUUUUCUCCCAUUGGAGCGGAUGCUAUAAUAAUACGAAGAGUUUCUCCGAACAGAAGAUAGAGUGUAUUAUUUUCAGUUCAGUUCUCGAUGAUGCAAUCGAGUUUAAAAAUAAUCCCUCGCGUUUAUGCGCGCAAGAGCGACGCGAUCGACGUGAAAUCUAUCUUCUCGCGCAGGAUCCGUUAAUCGCUCAAGUGGCAUUUUCGUUUCACUAUGACAUGUCGCGUCGCGUUUUCAUCAAUUUCAAAUCCCUGUCGCGCACUCGCGCGCGUUAAGGCAGCAGUUGUCUAGACAAACUGCGGAGCGCCAUAAAUCCGGACGCAAUUAGAAUUCCGUCGCGGGCUUUUUCGAGCUUUCCGGCGAUGCGGCGAUGAGACGCCCAGUAAAAGCGUGCAUCCGAGAGAGAGGGAGAGAGAGAGAUAAAGAGAAACAUAUCCUAAUUUUCCAUCGUGGCGAGGUAUCGUAACACCUGGCUGAAAUCCGCGCCUGCGUGAUGACGGAGCCUCGCUCCAACCCUCGUGAGACUUUCGGUGCGAGGGUGCAAUUUAAACUUUGGCCCAGUAGCCAAUCAACCCCUUGACGAGCGGACGAUCCGGAGGGAAGUCGGUCGCGCUAGAAAUAACAAAUUCUCUCGCGACUCGACGGCGCUUGUGCAAAUGGUGCGUUUUUUCCCGCCAAGUUCGUCGUUGUCGUCGUUGUCGUUACCGUUGUUAUCACGUUGUCGCCGGAGGGAAUACCAACCCACACCGUACUGCAAUCGUGAUUCCAAAUUUGAGAGGUACACCGCUUUUGCGAAGAGUUCCGGAAGAGCAACUCGCACGCCUGAGCGACCACGGUCAUGGUCUUGAGCGAAACUCUCGCAGACUCCAGCUUCUUGACUACCACAUCGUUUAAGAUCCAAUUUCAAGCGCCUCUCACAGACCUCAGCCGACCUUCGACGAUGGUGGGUGGCCGCAGGGUGAAGCUCACGGCGAGCAAUGAAACCACCACCACGUCCAUGGUCACCAGCGGCGUUACCAGUAGAAGCGACAACAACGUCGUUGUCUCCACUGUACAGCCGACCACUCAGCAAAAAGUCCGACGGAUCCUCGAGGAGCAGGCCAGGUGGCAAGAAAACGGCCCACGCAGACGCGUAAAGUGCACGUCGGGUACCGCUGCUUGCUGCGUGGUUAACAACUACAGCAUCGUCGCAUCUAGGGGCGAACUCGCUCGAAAUAACCGCGCCGCGAGUGAAACGACGACCAACGUCACCACCAAGAAACGGACGGCGAUCGUCAACGGGAGGAUUCACUCCAAGGAAGAGACCGCUCGCUGCGCCAUCCUCGCCGAGGAGACGAGGAAACCCAAGGAGACGACGUCCGCCACGAAAACGGGCAUCUCGCGGGGUAUCCAUCGCGGAAUAAUCAAGUCGGCUUCCGUGCCGAAGGAUUUGAAAGAAGGUCUUCCAGCGAGGGAGAGAACGUUGCAGCGGGUGCCGGAGGACGGUAUCCUGAAGAGGUCUUCCGCCUUCUUGGCGAGCCUAACGCAUCCCUCCAGCAAACAGCUCGCCGAGCGCAAUUCGCCGGAUUUGGACGACGACACGUCUAAGUUCCUCAGGCCGUCCAACAACGGCUACCGGCUCGCUCGCGUCUCGUCCUCGAGGUACACCGGCCUCAAAGGAUACUUUUCCAUCUUGUCGAGCGGCGACAGUAACGCGGAACUGCGUGCGCUGCAACGCUCGCCCAGCGUGCAGACGCUGUCCUCCAGCUGGAAGAAGAAGGGCGCCGUAGGAGUGAAGAAAUCGGUAUCCUUCAGCUCCGACACCAGCUUCGAGGAGAAACGCGCGCCCUACCGGAAGCAGUCUGCCGUUCACGAGGUUAAGAUUUACCGCAAGGGUGUGCUUCAGGACCGCGCGCGCGAGAAGACGACUAAAGCGAAAGUGCCGCCCUCGUGGGAGACACCCUCCGGGGGCCCUACAGCCCUGCUGAGGGCCGCCAGGGAGGCGGACGACUCGGGUCUCAAGGAAAUCGUGGCGCAGGCCCGGAAAGUAGGACUGAAGGGCAUGGACGUCAACGUGGUCGACAGCAGCGGCAGGGUGAGCGGAAAUUUUCUGAGUGAUCUAAUUAGCACGACGGCCAUAAGCUACAUGGCUGGGAACGGCGCGUCGGCGAUGUUGGAGCUGGCGCUCUCUUUCGAAGGCGUGGACCCGAAUCUACCCGACAACGAGGGUAACACGCCGCUCCAUUUCGCCGCCCAGGCCGGGCAGACCGAGUGCCUCAACAUCCUCCUGCAAAGGUGUCCGGACAUCGAGGUGGACGCUAGGAACACCUUGGGCUUCACGCCCCUCAUGAAGGCCGCCCUUCAAGGCAGAACCAAAUGCGCGAAGAUUCUCUUGUUCGCCGGUGCGAAUCCUACAUUACGUGAUCACGGUAGAGGCUUGCGGGCUGAGCAGUGGGCGAGGUUUUGCGGCAGGUACGUGUGCGCCGAGGUGAUCGAGAGAUUCGCGAGACAUCGUCUUUUGGAGCGGACGACGUCCUGCCGAUGGGGCAGCGAGCCUGAACUGGCCGCGAAAGUGUUGCAGGGCAAGGUGACGCCGCUACCCACGAAUCCCUUGCCGCCACCGUCGACGGGGCUGAAGUCAAAGAUACGAAAGGUCUUCCGCACCACUUCCGGCCCCGAUCGAACCUUCUCCCUAGUGUCGCAACUCACUAGCGCGGCUCUGUGCGCAAGUAGCCCGGCUUUGCCGAAACCCGGUGACGUGCCACCCGUGGUGAAGAGCCUUCUACGACCGUUGAGUGUGCCUCAAUUAAGGGUGACGUUGGUUUCACCGCAGGACUUCCUAGAGAAAACCUCGGAGAAGUACGGGAUGACUUUCACGGACAAGAUAGAAAGCGCGAUGGUGAAGCCGCCGCGUUCGAAGAAGAAGAGCAAGUAGUGGAACGCGCGAAGCUCCCGCGGCCGCGGCAGUCGUUGUGAGCAGCCGCGUUUGUAAUCCGCUUUCGCUUCGCGUUGAACAGUUUUGCGAAGGGAGAGAUUGCGCAAGUCGCGCUGCUUGACGUAAGGCAGCGAAGCCAGAGAGUAUUUGUGAUCUAUUUGAGAUACGUUUACGUGUUGUCCCAUAUUCCAUUGUUGCCUGCAAAACCGAUCUGCGAUCCUCCUUCUCGCCGACCUCCACCGCGUGGUUCUUCAAGUCACGUCAUAGCCUUUCCGCUUUCUCUCUCUCUCUCUCUCUCUCUGUCUCUCUCUGUCUCUCUCUC